AUGGCGUCAUCAAAUAAUGCACCUACAUCAAACCGAAUUACCAACAACUACUUCUUCUAUGGUACGCAUCCAUUGAAAGUUCCCAACAGUGUUCCACAUUCGAAUUCUGCCGAUCAAUUGGCAUCAUCAUUAUCAUCAUCGGAACAAAAUGCACAUCAUUUAUCGCUUCAUUUAACAAAUAGUCAUAAGAACUUUUCGCCAACAUCAGAUUUACAAACAACUCAAUCAUUACGUCAAUUUCCGCAAUCUUCACGAGACGAAGACGAAAUGAGCGAGAUAUUUGAAGAUGCCGUCGAAAGUUUUGACGAUGAGAACAAUAAAAGUCACAAAAAUAGACGACGAUCAUCAUCAAAACAAAAUGAAAUACCACAACUUGAUUUACCCACAGUGUUCGCUGAAUGUUAUCAGAUUACAAAACUCUUUCUCGGAAAUCAUCUCAACGAAGCACUUGCAAAAACCAAAGCAGAGGAAACCCGAUCAUUCUAUCAUGGUCUAUGUCAUAGUACAACUAGUUUUUUACAUGCAGCCAUGACAUUCAAUCAAACCGAUAUUGAAGCAGCAAUUCACGCGUUACGACAUACAAGUAAUAUGGCUAAAAAAUUUGAACCUUAUCGACCAUGGAUACCAUUUAAUCUUACCGGUAGACCGACUAUGACUGAACAUGAGUUACAUGCUAAAUUAGUCUAUGCCGAAGCAUUACUGAUUCGAGCUCUAUUAACAUUUAUUCAAGAUCAGAGUUUAUUUAGUCUUAUAAGUGGUGCAUUGAAAAUAAAAGAAUGUCAUGAUCUAUUCUUGAAAUUAGCCAAACAAAAUGAUCCGUCCAGAUUUUCGUCAAGUUCAUCUCAUGAGCAUUUCGAUAGUGGAGUUCGAUUAGGCAAUGGUGCAUUUAAUUUGAUGAUAUCCAAUCUUCCACAAAGAUUUAUCAGAUAUCUUGAAUUUGCAGGAUUUUCAGGGAAUAGAGAAUUUGGCCUGAGAGAGCUAGAGAAAAGUGCUGCUAGCGAUGGAUUACGAGCCGCAUUUUCAGCUUUACUUAUGCUUAGUUAUCAUACAGUUGUACUACAAGUCUUAGGGAAUUGUGAUGGCGAUUUUGAAACUUGCCAUAUGUUAGUCGAACGUUAUUUAAAAAUAUAUCCUGAUGUAAGUAUUGCAUUUAAUAGAUGUAUUAUAUAA